AUGAUAAAUUUUUAUGAAGGUCUCGACCUUGAACUUUAUGAAUCUAUUUUAAACGGCCCUUUCGUACCUACUACCCUAAUUCCCGGAAUUCCUGUUGUUGGCGACACGGUCGAAGUACCUGCCAGACGAGUUCCCAAGCUCUGUAGAGAUUGGGAUGAUGAGGACAAAAAGAUAGUGGAAGUGGACCAAAAAGCCAAGAGGCUUUUAAUCAUGGCCCUUCCAAUUGAGAUUUUUGAAUCUCUAGAUGCCUGUGAAUCUGCCAAGGAUCUAUGGGAUCAAUUGGCAAACCAGCUGGAAGGUGGAAUUAAGAUGAAGAAGAAACGUCUUGCUCAAUGUCUAAAUGAGUACAACAGUUUCCAAGCUCUUCCUGAUGAGUAUCUCGUGCAGAAAAUGUGA